UUUGCAUCUGCUUAUUAACUGCUAGUCGACGAGAUGGACACCGAGCGCACGCGCCACGUCCAGGUGUGUGAAGGUACACGUCGCACUUAGUUCUCUGCCCGCUUCAGAGGUUAACCAUGAAAGGCACAUCUCCGACGACCUACUUCAAACGAAUGCGUUUGCCGCUGCUGGCAGCGACGAUCGGCCUCGUUUUCAUCCUGACCCUGAACUUGUUUGUCUUCAACUCGAGGUCAAGGGACAUGGAGGUCAAGGAGCUACAGGCGGAGGAAAACCAGAAUAAGAGGAGCGAGAAGACUCUGUUAUUCUCCCAAGAUGCCUGGAACGCAGUCACAGACGACGAUGACUGGGAUUCAAUCUUUGACGAGGUGGCGUGGUCAUCUUUCCUAAACGAAGGCGCCGUGGGGGCCAAUGUCAAGGACGAACCUCCCUUACCCCCCAACAAACCACCAGCAGGGGGCGGAGGCGGGGGCGGGGGAGGAGGGGCACCUGCUGUCCCUAAAGAUGGCGCUAUGAAAGCUGGUGCUGUUCCUAGAGACGGCGCUAUGGCCGGUAAAGCACCAGCAGUACAGCCCGUGAGGAUCAUGAACCUGCCCCCGGUGGCAGAUCUUCUGUCCGGGAAGCCAAGAAAAAAUCCAAGAAGUCGAAGAAAGAUGUCGGACCUCCUGAAGAACUACAGAAGUUUGAGCCAGUUCCUGCUGGGAAUGAUGAAUGGUUCCAGGCAUCCUAUAAGAAGAGCGCCACCUAUGGCAUGAAAACCGUCUUUGUGGAGGAUGAGCCACUCUACAAGUCGUGCGCCAGUGACGUCGUGGUUCAGCGCCAAUGGACGCAAACCUUUCUCACGCUUGGACCAUUCCGUUACAUGGCAAGGAGUAAGAACCCCUGCUGGUACCCUGAUGAUGGUAAGUUCACCUGUAUACCCUACUUCUUCCUGGCCGGGGCGGCGGGACCAGGCAGCGCGGACAUCAUGCAGAAGAUCAUGCUGCACCCCGAUGUCCUGGGGAGCAUGGAGCAGGUCAACUGGUGGGAUGUAGGCAGACAUGCAGGUCAGUCUUGGGAUUCAUACAGAGAACGAUUUCAGAAGGAAACAGAGCAAAUCCUACUGGACAUCAAUAGCAUGAAAAGUUCCACUAAAAUAUUUGGUGAUAGUACUAGCACUUACUUCGCUUCCCCUACGGGUUGGGAGCGACUGUCAGGGAACGAAAACUGCGAGGAGCCGCGCAUCACUCUUGCCAGUCAUCUGCGACGUCUGCGAGUUAAGGGACUCAUCAUGGCCGUGCUUCCACACCCGACACGAAGGUUACUGGCAGAGUUCCGCAUGCUGUCCAAAGGCAAGCCCAAUGCCAAGCAGUUUCACGAGUAUGUGGAGCAGGCCAUCGGUGCCUAUAAGAACUGCUUCCAGACCUUCUCCAUCCGACAGUGUGCCUACAACAAAACUGUAGCCGACAGCGUCAAAAUUUCACUUCACGAAGGGAUGUACUCAACCUACAUGGAAGACUGGAUCCGAAUCUUUCCGCCGGAACAGUUUCUGGUCCUUCGCUUUGAAGACUACGUCAAGAGUCCUGUACCAACCCUCAGGUCUAUAUACGCCUUUCUAGGACUUCCGGAAAUCGACGAAGGCCAGUUAAGCAUGGUGGUAGACCCGACAUCUGAAGAGUUUCGAGAACUCGUUAGGAACCACAAUCCUGGAGAUUCUUUCUUGCCAGAAACAGUCAACUUGCUCAAUCAGUUUUACGACCCUUUCAUUCGCACUUUGAGUGAGGUUCAAGAAGACGCAAAGUUCACCUGGAAAGACACUUAAAGUUGAGCUGGGUCGCUGGAGGGUGGCCAGGUGAGAUUGGGGCAAAGACAGCUGUUGCAGGCGCCAUUGAUUUGAGGAUUUCAAAGGAAAUAUAUUUUUUCAAAUGACUGGUCAGAGCUCAGAAUAUGAUUUAGUAUCUUGCAAAAUCUGAAGGCUUAGGCGUACAAGCAUCAUCUUGCACAGAAAGAGGCUAUAAAUCUGGACACCGGGAAUGUGAUUAUACCUGCAUCGUUGUGGCUACAAUGAGGAAGUCAAGACAAUACGUUAAUUAUACGUACCUGUGGACACUUGUGACAUUCAUUUGCAUGUUGAAAUAUGAUUAUGUCAUCAACUGUGUCUUGUCUUAAGCGCUGUUCAGUCAUUUGAAAGAAGGAAAAGUCUGGGUAGACCUGUAAAGGACAAGUAAGUAAUGAUCAAGGACAUGUCCAGACACAUUUCAAUUUUCAUGUGAAAGUUUCCCUCAGACGGCAGUAAGUUAUAAAUUAUAUCUAAGUCGUCUUCGGGUUUUUCGAAAGGGGAUACCAAAAAAUCAUUAUUAUUUAUGGACUUGUUUGUUUUCUGUGUUGACUGUUAUAUCAGUUUAUGGUGGGAGGUAGGGGUGAGUUUGAAAGAGUGAAAAGAGUGGUUCAGUCAAUCAUUGUAAAUCAUUUCCAGACAUUGACUACUUUAUAAAGCUUCUCUGUACAUCAAUAAUGUUAUUUUAAUUGAAGGAUUAUUUCGAUGUGCAUGACGAAAGUACUGAAAAAGUGCGUUACCUUUGCAACACGUGCAGCACACACGAGUACAGAUGCAAGAAAUUGUUAUUCAAUGCAGAUGAAUGUACGUUUUGUCAGAUUCACUCAUACAUCACGGUCUUAAUCUUUGUUACUCCAGAAAGCAUAGAAUCAAUAAAAGGGAGAAAAUUCA